UUAAGUUAUUUGUCUCUUACAAGUUAUUUUUUUUUCUAUUUUGUCUCCUUACAAAUCCUUUUCCGAUUUUAAUACUAAAAAGAAAAAAAAGCUCAUUACCUACUUAUUUUUGUUUUAAUUACCAACUCUACUACCUUGCCCCAACUAUUAGUACCGUAGAAGUCCAUGUUACACCCAAGCAAACAGUCACUUCUCCAUCAAAUGGUAGGAAAGAGGGAAUUCUGGAACUCUGGAACAGUUGCAUAACUCAGGCAAGAUGGGGAACCAUGAAAUUCAAGGUGCAGAUGCUUUUGAUGAUUGUCUGAUCAAACUGAGAGUUAAUCCUAUAAGGAGGCGGGAUAAAGUAUAUAUUGGUUGUGGAGCUGGCUUUUCUGGUGACAGACCAAGGGCAGCUUUUAAGUUGCUUCAAAGUGUAAAAGAGCUUAACUAUAUUGUACUUGAAUGUCUUGCUGAGCGCACUCUAGCCGACCGGUACAAGGAGAUGAUGUCUGGGGGAGAUGGUUAUGACCCACGCAUUUCGGAGUGGAUGCAGUUGCUCUUGCCUCUGGCUAUGGAAAGAGGAACAUGCAUUAUUACAAAUAUGGGUGCAAUGGACACAAUUGGCGCUCAACAUAAGGUCCUUGAAACUGCAAGUAACAUGGGGCUAAGCGUCACAGUUGCUGUUGCACAUGAAGUUGCCUUCAAAGAUCCAGGGCCGAGAUCCUCACAUAACAUAUCUUUUGUCAUGGAUGGUGGUAUUAGCACAUAUCUAGGAGCUGCCCCUAUUGUCAGAUGUCUUGAGUUAUACAAGCCAAAUGUUGUCAUUACCAGUCGUGUAGCAGAUGCUGCCUUAUUCUUAGCUCCAAUGGUUUAUGAAUUGGGCUGGAACUGGGAUGAUGUAGAGCAGCUAGCACAAGGAGCUUUAGCAGGCCACCUUUUAGAGUGUGGUGGUCAGCUGACUGGUGGUUAUUAUGCACAUCCAGGGGACAAACACAGAGAUAUGUCUUUUCAUUGUCUUUUAAAUUUACCACUUCCGUUCGCUGAAAUCAGUUACCAGGGAGAAAUAUGUGUGGCCAAGGCUGAGGGUAGCGUUGGUGUUCUGAACAUAAGUACUUGUUCUCAGCAGCUUCUCUACGAGAUUACGGAUCCAAGUUGUUAUGUCACUCCUGAUGUGGUCUUAGAUAUUCGUGAUGUAAAAUUCAAACCCUUGUCCAGCAACAAGAUCCUGUGCACUGGAGCAAAACCCUCAGCUGUAUCUACUCCGGAGAAACUCCUGCAGCUAGUGCCAAAGGAAUCUGGAUGGAAAGGGUGGGGAGAGAUAUCCUAUGGAGGUUACGAAUGUGUAAAACGUGCAAGAGCUGCUGAAUAUCUGGUUAGGUCUUGGAUUGAAGAAUCAUAUCCAGGCAUAAAUAGCCACAUAGUUUCGUACAUCAUUGGUCUUGAUAGCCUGAAAGCAGCCUGCAGUCAAAGUAUUACAUAUAUGUCGUCUGGGUGCCGGGACAUAAGGCUACGCAUGGAUGGGCUAUUUGCGGCCGAGGAACAUGCAAUCAAAUUUGUUAGAGAGUUCACUGCUCUUUAUACAAAUGGGCCUGCAGGUGGCGGUGGUAUUAGUACUGGACACAAAAAGGAGAUGCUUCUGGAAAAGCAACUGGUUGGACGUGAGUCUAUCUUCUGGCAUGUUGGUGCUAGGAGCACACACACAGCUUCUACAUUUAACCAGGAUCGCAACGACGCAAACGGAUUGGAACCAUCCAUUUCAGCCAAACCAACCUCAUUGUCUGAUGGGCGCAUGGAUUUGUCCGAUCAGAACCCAGAAACUCUACCGAGUUCCUAUCCAAGAUGUCCUGCACCAUCAGGCCAGAAAAUUCCCCUAUAUGAAGUUGCACAUAGCAGAGUCGGAGAUAAAGGAAAUGACAUGAACUUUUCCAUCAUCCCCCAUUUCCCCCAAGAUAUCGAGAGGCUACAGAUGAUAAUAACUCCUCAAUGGGUUCAAGAAGUGUUAGCUCCUCUUUUGAACCCUUCUUCAUUUUCAUACCCAGAUGCCAUUGCAAAGAGGGAUAAAUGGGUUGAAGAAAAUGUUAAAGUGGAGAUUUAUGAGGUUAAGGGCAUCCAUUCAUUGAACGUUGUGGUUCGAAAUAUUCUUGAUGGUGGUGUCAACUGCUCUCGAAGGAUUGAUCGGCAUGGAAAGACCAUAUCAGAUAUCAUACUAUCCCAGUUAGUUGUGUUGCCUUAACCAACAAAGAAUCUGAAGUUGUUUCCCGUCGUUUUAUUUGUUAUAUUAUGCAAAAACAUAACUUAUUUGAUUUGAAUUGUUACAUUUGCUUAUUCAAAAGUAUUCACUAUAUUUGAUUUAUGUUCAAAUGCACUGCUGAAUGCUGAUUUCUACUUACUAGUUUUCUACAUGAUCAUCACCCCGGUAUUCCGCACAGGUCGGGUACAUCCUCGAUGUAUAUUAUUGAAUGUUCCUAUUAGCCUGUACUUACUUUUAUUUUGUCCAAAGGCAGAAGGCAAUAUGCUAAGGUUUAAUCAAUUAUGCUUCAUUUAUUCUCCUAUUAGCCUGUACUUACUUUUAUUUGCUCAAAGUGUAGCUUGCCUAUCAUCCUUGGUUGCUGAUUUAAGUUCUGAGACUAUUAUCUCUUGUGGCAGGUUUUGAUUUAUCUUUAGCUCUCCGAAUGGUGCAACUGAUGGAGCAACUUUCCACAAAUCUUGUUUCAAAUGCAGCCAUUGCAAAGGCACUCUUGUGAUGAGCAACUAUUCGUCAAUGGAUGGAGUCCUCUACUGCAAAACUCACUUUGAACAACUUUUCAAAGAAUCCGGGGAUUUCCGUAAGAACUUUCAAACAGG